AUGCAGAAGGUCCAGGAAAACAACGACCCCAUUGGAUCCAUCCUAAUCCAGGUCCAUGAAGACCUUCGUCAGUUAAAGGAGAAAUUAACAAAAUUCUCAACUGAGAAGACAAGAGACCCUCUAGACAUUAAAAAUCUUGAGACAGCAAUCCAGAGGACUGAAAUGGGGUUAAAAAUUCACAUCGAGAAGUAUCUAGAUGUUGUAAACCACCAGGUGCUAAUGGCUCCUAUCACCGAGAAAGGGCAUUCCUCCCUGAACUCCAGGUGGCUUCUUCCAACUGUAAUUGACCAGAAAUCCUUUAUUUUCUCCACGGAAUCUGAGGAUAAACUUUGGCAACCUCAAAAACAUCACGGUUCAUUUUCACAUGGCCUUACAAGAGCAAAGCCAAAGAUAGAGUUGAACACGAAGAUCAUGAAGGACCCUGAGAACACACAGCACAGAGCUGCUGUGAAGACGAACUUUGGGAUCAAUCUGCCAUAUAUUAAUCAGAGGAAGGCACACAGAUUGACUGUCACUGUACCAGGCAGGGAGCAGGCGGAGCAGGCGAAGCCGGCAAAGCGACUUCUGUCCAUAUCAGCAUUCCUUGACAAAACUCCGCGCCUGAUUGCGAUGCCAUGGGCUGCUGGUUUACAGCUGUCUCCGGACAGGAACGGAGGCCCACCCCUGAAUUCCAAUAAGAUGGGCAUGCAUAUUUUGCCUGCUGUAUGCUGGCCCUCCGCCCACAAGUAA